AUCCCAAAGUUAGUGUCUCAUGACAUCAAUGGAGUUUCUUCUUCCUCUUUUUGCUGUAUUUUGUUUGAUUCUGGUAGGAAGCAAUGCUUCUGUGCCUUCUGAAGACUACUGGCAUUCCAAAUUACCAAAUACUCCAAUUCCUGAUGAACUUCAAAAACUCAUUCAGCCUACUGCAGAAACUGGAAGCAAGUUUUUCUUCUGGGAUAUGGGCUUCAACUGCGGUCAAUCGUUGCUUCAAGCUAUGGAUGAUAAGAAAUCAAAAGAUGGAGAUGCAACAUUUGUAGAAGUCGACGGCAGUAAAAAGAAACAAAGAUAUAAAAUUGGAUAUGAUGAUGCGGGAUUUGAAGAAGCCGACGGUAGCAAAAAGAGGCAAAGAUAUAAAAUUGGAUACGAUGAUGCAGAAUUUGAAGAAGCCGACGGUAGCAAAAAGAAGCAAAGAUAUAAAAUUGGAUAUGAGAAUGCAGGAUUUGAAGAAGCCGACGGUAGCAAAAAGAAGCAAAGAUAUAAAAUUGGAUAUGACGAUGCAGAAUUUGAAGAAGCCGACGGUAGCAAAAAGAAGCAAAGAUAUAAAAUUGGAUAUGAUGGGGGAUUUGAAGAAGCCGACGGUAGCAAAAAGAAACAAAGGUAUAAAAUUGAAUAUGAUGAUGCGGACUUUGAAGAAGCCGACGGUAGCAAAAAGAAACAAAGGUAUAAAAUUGGAUAUAAUGAUGCGGACUUUGAAGAAGCCGACGGUAGCAAAAAGAAACAAAAGUAUAAAAUUGGAUAUGAUGAUGCGGACUUUGAAGAAGCCGACGGUAGCAAAAAGAAACAAAAGUAUAAAAUUGGAUAUGAUGAUGCGGACUUUGAAGAAGCCGACGGUAGCAAAAAGAAACAAAGGUAUAAAAUUGGAUAUGAUGAUGCGGACUUUGAAGAAGCCGACGGUAGUAAAAAGAAACAAAGGUAUAAAAUUGGAUAUGAUGAUGUGGAAUUUGAAGAAGCCGACGGUAGCAAAAAGAAACAAAGGUAUAAAAUUGGAUAUGAUGCAGCAUUAAAAGAAGGCGAUUCUGCCGAGAAAAACAAAAAAUAUAACAUUGCAUAUAAUGCGGCAUUUGAAGAAGGCGGUGAUGCCAGAUCAAAAAGAAGAUAUAAAAUUGGUUUAAAUAAACAUGCCCUCCCUAACUCAACUGUAUUCUUUUUACAAAAGGAUCUACAAGCUGGCCAGAAAAUGAAGCUUCAUAUAACCAAAUCAUCAAACAAGGCUAAAUUCUUACCUCGUCAAGAUUCCGAAGCUAUACCCUUUUCGAGCAAGAAUUUACAAGCGAUCUUGCAGAAAUUCUCGAUAAAACCCGAUUCGAAGCAAGCCAAGAUUAUAAAGCAAACAAUAAUCGACUGCGAGUCUCAAGGAAUCAAAGGAGAGGAAAAAAAUUGCCCUACAUCUUUAGAAUCCUUGAUUGAUUUUUCUAUUCCAGUUGUUGGUAAGAAACUCCAAAUACUUUACAAUGAAGUUGCGAGGCCAACAAGGAUUCAAGAGUACACUAUCAUGGGAGUUGAAAUGAUCGGAGAAAACCAAGUGGUGUGCCACAAGCAAAAGUAUCCUUACGCUGUGUAUUAUUGUCACUCAGUAAGUGCCACUAAGGUAUACCAAGCUCCAUUGGUAGGUGCCGAUGGGAUCAAAGCCAAAGCUGUCGCGAUUUGUCAUUCCGACACUUCGGAUUGGAACCCGAAGCACUUGGCAUUUUUGAUGCUCAAUGUCAAACCUGGUGAAGGAACUGUUUGCCACUUUAUUAGCAGUGAUACUGUUGUUUGGACAUCUAAGAAAUAAUGGCUUCAAGUGUUUGAAUUAGGGUUCAAUUAUGUUGCUUUAAUAAGGCACUUUUGAAAAAGUGUGCAUGCUUUGUAAUCCCUUAUGUUUCUUGUAAUAUGUAUCAGAUUAUGUUCUAAGUUCUAAUGAAAUGCUGUUUAAUUA